AUGAAUGUGGAACAGCAUUUUCCAAACUCACUAUUGAUUUUUGAUACUGUUGGAAAUGAUCAGGUGGCAUUGCUGAUGACCCGUCGGCAGUCACCAGAUUCUUCGAUUAUGACGUAUCCAUGCGGUGCACCACAAUACUACUGCGCAAAGAUGCCUCGCUGGGUUGUCUCAUCGUCGAAUUUUUUCAUGGGUGAUAGAAGUAUGAUUCCCUUCAUUAUACAGGUUGAUCAUGAAUCAAAAAUGUCUAAGAUGGAGCUAUUCAGAAAGGAGAACUUUUUGUUUAUGAAGGACGAUGGAUCGUGUAACGCUUCUUCUAUCGUGCACCUGAAGGAGGCUGUCAGUGUUGCACUCGAUGAGGUUCGAGUAGAAGUAAAGGACGAAGAAAUGGCUGUGUUAGAUUAUGUACUCUGGAAUCUGCAUAGGUGGUUCGGACUCGAUCCAUACAACAACAAAAACUUCCUCAGAGUGCAUGAAGGAAUUAUCUAA